CUGAAGAAAUCCAAACAUGGAAAGAUCCCAAACUCAAACCAGAAACAGAAGAAAGAGAUUGGGACAAGAUCAAAUCAGAGUGUUGGAGAAGAGUUUCGUGAUGAACAAGAAACCGGAGCCAGAGAUCAAGAUUCGACUGGCGAAUCAGCUGGGUUUGCCUCCGAGACAAGUCGCCGUCUGGUUCCAGAACAAGCGAGCCAGGUUCAAGACUCGGGCCCUCGAGCUCCAACACGGCUCGAUCAUGGCGAGGCUUGGAACCGCUUUGGCUGACAAGUUAAGGCUCGAACGUGAAGUGAAGUUGCUCCAAGAAGAGUUGGAGAAAUCGAGGGAACAGCUCUCGUUGCUGAUGACGAAGCAUCCAGUUGAUGGCAGAUCUUGUGAAGAUGGUCAUGAUCAGGUUAUGGAGUUCGACCAGCUUUAUGCUUGUCUGGUUAGCAGUGGACAUGGUUCUCCAUCAGUCUCGAACUGGACAAGAUUUCAGUUCUCGUCUUAAUUAUGAAACGUUUCAUGUUCUUUCAGUUUGUAAAGCUGUCCUUCCAGUGCCAGAUUCAUGUCAUAAGACAUUUUAUCAUCUGUAACUGAAGUCCUUA